AUGUACAAGGAGACCGAGCCCCUGAGAGAUCUCAGCCUCAGCCACGAACGUGAGGGCGGCGCCGAACUCCUCGAGAUCCGCGUGCCGGCCCACUGCCUCACCAGCAACAACCGGCACGUGAGGUCCCGCCAGCUCUGGGGCUGCGACUUGUACACCGACGACUCUGAUGUGGUGGCAGUGCUCAUGCACUGUGGCUACUGGUCCCUCUUUUUGGCACGCAACAACAUCCGCUCCCGGGCCUGGGCCGCCCCAGUCACGAGCGUGGACCUGGCGGCCAACUUGGACGGGCUGCCGCUGGGCGCGCCCACCUUCACCCCCUCCCACCACGAGCGCAUCCUCACCCGCUCCUCGGCGGGGAGCGGAGCCCGCCUGCGCACCGCGCAGGAGGUCACCGUGGUCUUCAACCUGGCCAAUGAGCCGUGGCUCAAGUACAGCGCCGCCGCGGUGGCAGACCGCGGCCUGCGGCCCCACGAGUGGACCUCAGCGCGCAUGAGAACCGCCACCCUGUACCUGGAGAGCCACACGCACCGAUACGAGCUGAGCCGGGUGGCCGGGGAGGAGGGCGCGACCGACGAGCAAUACCGCUUCGCGCGCUGCGCCGAGGCGCUGCCCCGGUCGCGCAUGCGGCAGCUGGGCGUGCCGCUGCCAGGCAGCGAGGUCACCGUGCUCUGUCCGGACCUGUCCUGGGAGGAGCUCCAGUGGGCCCAGCAUGGCGUGAAGAUCAGAGACAAGUUCUACGCCCUGGUCAGGCUGCAGUUUGUGACGCCCGCGGACCUAGAAGAGCACGGGAAGUCGGUCUGA